AUGUCGCACCAGAUGUCCCACCUAGGUCCGAGGGCCUUCAACCAUGACCAGAGUCAAGACGCCGAGCAGGAAUACGAUCGGCUUCGUGAUCUGGCGCGGCAGGAAGCCUCAAAGCGAGGAUCAUGUUUCGAGCAGUCGAAAGAAGCAUACUCGAGCGGUGAUGGUGGACGUGCGAAACAGCUCUCGGAAGAGGGCAAGGCGCAUGGUCGCAAAAUGGAGGAAUACAACAAGCAGGCUUCGGAGUUCAUCUUCCGGGAGAACAAUGCCAAUGGACGUGUAGAAGCCGAUACAAUUGAUCUACACGGUCAAUUCGUCGAGGAGGCAGAGGAGAUAUUCGAAGAACGCGUGAAAUACGCCAAGGCGCAUGGCCAAAAUCACCUACAUGUGAUUGUCGGAAAGGGCAAUCACUCUGUCAACCACAUCCAGAAAAUCAAGCCUCGUGUUGAGCAAGUCUGCCAGGAACUGGGACUGCAAUACGCCACCGAGGACAAUGCUGGCCGUAUAUAUGUCAACCUUACUGGUGGAGAGGCUGUUAUGCCGCCUCAUUCUUCGCAUCAACAACCCUCGCACCAGAACUCUGGCCACCAGCAGCAAGGGCAGUACCCCGGCUACCAGCAGCAACCCCAGCAUCAGCAACCUCAGCAGCAGCAGCAUCAGCAGCAGCAACAACAACAACCACAGCAGCAGGACGAACUCGAGCAGGUCAUCAAUGCUGUUCUGCCCAGGGUCAUGCGCAAACUCGAAAAGGCUUGCUGUGUUGUCAUGUAA